AUGCGCAGGACAUUCGGGUUUUCGCUAGUGGAAGAUCAAGCUUCGACAAGCAAUCAUCCUCCACGCGCCGGAGCUUCUCCCCGCCCUCAACGGAAACGCGCGUCCUUCGGCGACCGCGGCGAACGCGGAAGAUGUGGCCGCGUGGGACAAGGCCAACGGUCGCCUGUUCUGGAGGAGGAAGUGUCGGACCCAGUCUACCUGGACAUCAUGCUCUCAGGCCUGACCAAGGCCCCGGAGUUCAAGUUCAUCAGGGAGAUGCACUACCGUGACAAUUUUACUUCAGUAGACAGUCUCCAGGCGACAGCUAACCGCUUUUUUGUGGAUCAGCAGUCGCGCAACGCGUCGGGCCCUGUGGUCUCGGGCCGAGGGGCUGCGAUGGCGGUCGCGUCCGAUACCGACCAGUGCCGCCGAUGCAAGGCGUACGGACACUUUCAGCGCAAUUGUCCGCAAGAGGUCCAAAAGAGCCGUCCUACACAGAGCAAGAAGAAGGGAGCAAACAAGCGAGGAAAUGGUGGGAGUGCACAGCCAAAGUGGUGCUCCUACCACAACACCAAGACACACAGCGAUGCUGAAUGCCAGAAGCAAAAGGAGAUCCAGGAAAACAAGCAGAAGGAGCUUGAAGGGUUGGCAGCGAACCUGGCGCUCCUGCAGCUCCGUCAGAGCCGACUUCGUUCGGGGUGCUUCGGUGCCUUCAUGGGGACUCACGCAGAGUUGUCGUUUGCUCCUUUUCGCUCCGACGUCGAACACCUUCGGGUCCCACACACGAUCGUCGCCGCGGGCCAGCAUGUCCUCAAAGGCGUUGCGACGGGGACUAUCGUCGGCGCCGUCACGGACGACAAUGGGAACGAGCGGCACGUCCUCUUUCGCGUCAUCUUGGUACCAGGGCCGGGCACCAACCUCUUCUCCGUGACAUUGGCGAUGCUAAAAGGGGUGGCGACGUUGUUUCAUCCGGACAACACCAGGUUGGAUNUCGUCGCCGCGGGCCAGCAUGUCCUCAAAGGCGUUGCGACGGGGACUAUCGUCGGCGCCGUCACGGACGACAAUGGGAACGAGCGGCACGUCCUCUUUCGCGUCAUCUUGGUACCAGGGCCGGGCACCAACCUCUUCUCCGUGACAUUGGCGAUGCUAAAAGGGGUGGCGACGUUGUUUCAUCCGGACAACACCAGGUUGGAUUCAGGGGACGUGGUUUUCCCAAUGCAGACCCUCGGGGUGGACGCCACGACCGGAAAACGCAUCUACUCCAUCGAGGUGAAGCUAGGGCGUGAACCUGGGGGCCCGACGGUCCUCGGAGACGCGCCUGAUGCCCUCGCCUUGAAGGUGGAGUCCGCUGAUCUCUGGCACCGGCACAUGGGGCACAUCAACGGCAAGAGCUUGGACGUUCUAAGGAAAGAACCGGUCCACGGCGUCGACUACACCGGAGACGUGAAGGACUGUAGUGUCUGCCCGCUCGGAAAGAGCGCACAACAACCUCACCCGAAGCAGGCCACCUACGGCGUCCUGCGCCCCUUCCAGCACGUUUCCGUCGACACCCUUGGCCCCUCCACACCUACAGCGUUGGGCGGAUUCAAGUACGCCACCAACUUCGUGGACCAGCAGACAAAGUGGGCGGAGAUAGUGCUCAUGAAGGACAAGACCUGUUCUGUAGACUCCCUCGCGUUGCUCAACAAAGGGACCGUGAUCGGAGCCAACGAGCGUGCGGGUCGGACGAUUUUGAAUGUCGUGCGCUGUCUGCUCGCUAACUCAACUCCACCGAACUUCCUUUGGGGGGAGCUGAUCCAGACGGCAGCCUUCCUGAGCAACCGGGUUCCUCAUGCAGCCCUGCAAAACGGGACGCCGUACAAGGCGCUCUACGGCAAGGAUGCCUACCUUGGUCACCUUCGGGUGAUAGGGUCAAGGGCGUUCGUGCACGAAGAGACCCACACCAGGAAGCUGGAGCACUGUGCUUGGGAAGGACGCCGUGUCGGAUGCAGCAUGAACAGCAAGUCGUACCGAAUCUACAACUCUGAGACGCGACGUGCACGGGUGAGUCCAAAUGUUGUCUUCAUUGAGACACCUCCCGUUACGCCUGCGUUGGAUGAGGGUGGCUUCGACGACGGGGAGUUCACGAACUCCUCCCACCGACGACGCGCCUAG